AUGUCCAUGACACUGGGGUACUGGGACAUCCGCGGGGUCAGUGAGGGUCCGCUGGACGGUGGGACUGGGGCUUGUGGCUGGGAAGUGUCGAGCGGCUGGGAACAGGCUCUGGGGACGGUUCCUCUUCAGGGCUGUCACUCACAGGAGGGCAUGUGCAUUCCUGCGGAGGGGGGUGUCUGUGUUUUGUGGGUGGCAGGUGGGGAGACAGAAGAGGAGAAGAUUCGUGUCGACGUUUUGGAGAACCAGGCCAUGGACGUCUCCAAUCAGCUGGCCAGAGUCUGCUACAGUCCUGACUUUGAGAAACUGAAGCCAGAAUAUUUGGAGGGAAUUCCUACAAUGAUGCAGCACUUCUCACAGUUCCUGGGGAAGGGGCCAUGGUUUGUUGGAGACAAGAUCACCUUUGUGGAUUUCCUCGCCUAUGACAUCCUUGAUCUCCACCGUAUAUUUGAGCCCACCUGCUUGGACACCUUUCCAAACCUGAAGGACUUCAUCUCCCGAUUUGAGGGCUUGGAGAAGAUCUCUGCCUACAUGAAGUCCAGCCGCUUUCUCCCAAGACCUUUGUACACAAGGGUGGCUGUCUGGGGCAACAAGUAGUGCCUUGAAGGCCAGGCGAUGGAGGAGCCCAUAUGAAGCCUGCUGCCCAGGCUGUGUAGAGCACGUGGGCUCUGCACCCCAGCAUCUGCCUCAUUCCUUUCUCCUGUUGAUUCACUUCUUUACCCUCAAGACUCUAUUGGCCCUCUUUACUUCCCCUGAACCCCUGUCCCAUGAAGGCCCUUUAAAGCCUCAGCUACCCACUUUCCUUCAGGAACAUCCCCCUCCCAACUUACCCUUCCCUGCACUAAAGCCAGCCUGACCUUCCUUCCUGUUAGUGGUUGUGUCUGCUUUGAGGGGCCUGCCUGGCUGUGGAGCUCAGCUCCGAGCUGUCCCAGCGCUGCAUGAAAGAGCAGCAUUGACUGGUUUACAGGCCCUGCUCCUGCACCAUGGCCCCUGCCUUAGGCCUACCUGAUCCAAGUAAAGCCUCAACCACA